AUGGAAAAUGAAAUAAUUCUACGGACAAAUGAAAAGAUAUUGGUAUUCCAAGAUAAAUUUAGUAAUCCUAAUCGAGCGGAACUGAGAGAACUAACAAAGGAAGAAUUUAGAGCGUUUCUCUCUAUAUUGUAUUACUCUGCAGUUUUCAAGUCAAAUGAUGAAGACUUUCAAGAAAUGUUUGCAACAGAUGGAACGGGACGAGACAUAUUCAGAUCCAUUAUGUCUUUGAAAAGAGUAUAUGUGUUGCUCGCAUGUCUAAGUAAGACACAGCAGCGGCACUUCGGCAAGAAGAAGGAUGCUUAA